AACAUACUGCUGAAGGGUGGGAAUGCGAUCGACGCAACAAUUGCUUCGUUAUUCUGCUUGGGUAUUACAAAUCCACAGAGCAGUGGUAUCGGAGGUGGUUUCCAACUAGCCCUUUAUAAUAGAACAACGCAGCGAUGUACCGUUAUCGAUGCACGCGAAACAGCACCGAAAAAAGCUUAUCGCGAUAUGUUUCUGAACGAUGAAUUCGGUUCAAAAUACGGAUUCCGUGCAAUCGCAACACCUGGUGAAAUCGCCGGCUAUUGGCUGGCUUAUAAGAAAUUCGGUAGUGGACGCAUUGGCUGGGCUGAACUCAUCAAACCAGCAAUUCAGCUGUGCCGUGACGGUGUUCCCGUCUCCGAGUAUCUCGGCUAUGUGCUUGGUGUUAAAGAGAAGCAUUUUCGAACGCUACCCUCAAUGCAAGGUUGGAUCAACAACAAAACAAAUAAAGUAUUCGUUACGGGUGAUAUCAUAAAACGACCUGAACUGGCUGAUACUCUCGAGAUAUUAGCGAAUGAUCCAGACCCGGUUGAACUGUUCUACCGAGGCAAGAUGGCAGACACGAUCAUUGAAGAAAUACAAGCAAACGGUAGAGAAUUAAUGGAAUACCUAUGA